AUGUUCAGUGAUGUAUUGAAACGAAUUAACGCUCAUGAUAUAUACAAGCGUCACAUUGACAUAUUCCAUGCGGUCACCUACGACAAUGUCGAUGGCCUUGUGGCAGCAUUCGUAAGAAACCAACCGUUUGAUGUUAAAGACAAAAAUGGGAAUACGGUACUUCACCUGGCCGCCAAACUAAAUCGACGUCUUCUUGUUCGCGCGAUUUGUGUCUAUGCGUCCCACCUAGAUUUGUUUAAAAUUAAGAAUAAUGAGGGGAAGGAGCCGAUCGAGUUGACAGAGGACCCGAACAUCAAACGAGACCUCCAGAGUCUCUCCACGGUCCGUAGUACAGUUGAUAGUCAUCACAUGGCGUAUAAUAAGCAAUUAAUUGAGAAGAAAAUUAUGGAUAAUCGGGAUAAUAAUAAUAAUCAGAAAGUGAUAUUGAGUCUGGAUGGUGGAGGCUUGAGAGUUGUUUUGCAAUGCUCGAUCCUCAUGGCGAUCGAACGAGAGAUCGGAGAGCCGCUGCGUAACCGAGUCCACUGGAUUGCUGGAACAAGUUGUGGUGGUAUCAUGGCUAGCUCGAUGAGUGUUGGAAUUGAUCUCGCCGACGCUCUCCGCAUCUACAUUGUGAUUCGCCGUCGUAUCUUCGGAGGAAACACCCAAAUGUUCCCGAAACACUCGUCGAUUGGUAUCGAGACGGUUCUACAGGAAGUGAUGGGUGCGAAGACGCCAAUAGCCAAGUGUACCGCCCAUCGAUUGGUGGUGACUACGGCGAAAGUCACGUUGGCGCCACCGCAACUCCUUUUGUUCCGAUCCUAUGCGCCGAGGAUUGACCCGAAGGAAUUUGAGCAGCUCGGGUAUUUCAAUCCGAACAAGAUCUUGUUGUGGAAAGCGAUUCGGUGCACUUCAGCCGCCCCUGUCUACUUCCAAUCGUUCAACGGUAUGGCUGAUGGAGCAAUAUUCUGUAACAACCCGUGUAUCAUGGUGAUGACUGAAUUUGCGAAACUUAAAAAGAUUGAGAAUUACCGAGGAAAAAAUAAUACGGAUGAGAUUGGAUGUGUGAUAUCGAUUGGGACGGGAAUCGAACCUUCGGCUCCGAUUAAUGGAAUUGAUAUUAAUUUGACACAUGGUAUAACAGGGAUAACGGGGAAUUGGAAGGAGGUGUUCGCCAAUGCGAAAAAUUUGAUUACGGUAUUUUUGUAUCAGUGCACCAGCUCCCACAACGUCCAUGUCGGCCAAUCCCGCGAAUGGUCGCACUCUAUGCAGGUUCCAUUUUUCCGGUUCUCACCUCACCUCGCCGCUCCAUUCGAGCUCGACAAUUGCAAAAUCGAGGAUAUCACGAACGCGAUGUUCGACAACGAAGUCUACAUCCGGUCUCAAAUCAACCAACAAAUCAGUGACCUGUGUAGACUGCUGAAAUCGAUGCCACGCAACACGGAACCCUGUCAAUACCGGAAAAUUACUGGUUACACUGGAAACAGUCAGAAAGUUGUGGAGUCGCCGAAUCAGAUUGGGAAAUGA